GGCGACUGACUGGCGGGGUACACCCCAAAACACAGCUGUUUCAACACACCCUCACCGGGUUCGUCAAACCCUCUUCUCCCCUACACACUGCGCGCACCUUGUUUUUGUGACAAAGAAGUAUUUUUACCAAAAAUAACAAACUAUAGAUACAUCUAGUAGGCUUUGCUCGUAAAACAACUGGAAAAAAUGUUUUCUCGUAAAACUUAUGCCUCUAAGGAAUUGUCUCUUAGAACAGAUUCACAGAACACGACCACAUCAAUAAACGACGGAUAUUCUGAACAACAGCAACAGCAGUAUGUGACGUACUUGAAACAAUUAAAAAGUGAAUUUGACGAACGCUGGUGCCAAAAACCGAAAUACUCAAUAGAAUUUUCGGAGUUGGAGCGCAUCAAGACUCUUGGCACGGGUGCAUUCGGUAGGGUGUUUUUGUUGAAGCACACGAAGAAUAAUAGAUUAUACGCAAUGAAAGUUCUAGAAAAAGAAAACAUUGUAAAGAUGAAACAGGUCGAGCACACACUUUACGAAAAGCGAGUUCUUGAAGCUAUUAGAUUUCCUUUUACCGUCUCGAUGGAGUUUAGCUUCAAGGACAACAGUUACAUCUAUUUCAUAAUGCCUUUCGUGCCAGGCGGUGAAAUGUUUACCCAUCUGCGUCGAAUGAAAAAAUUUGAAGAAACACUUGCGAAAUUUUACGCUAGCCAGGUCAUUUUGGCUUUAGAAUAUCUUCAUUUCUGUAAUCUUGUCUAUAGAGAUUUGAAGCCUGAAAAUAUAUUAAUCGACAGGAAUGGUUAUCUGAAAAUAACAGAUUUCGGAUUUUGCAAAGUAAUGCGCGGGAGAACGUGGACUCUGUGCGGAACACCGGAAUAUUUAGCACCCGAAUUAAUCCUUAGUAGGGGCUAUGGUUUUUCAGUUGAUUGGUGGUCUUUCGGUGUACUAAUGUUCGAAAUGAAUGCGGGAUACCCUCCGUUUUAUUCAAACGAACCGAUGAAGACUUACGAGAGCAUCGUAGCCGGUAGAUACCGAUGUCCGUCUAGUUUCAGUACGGAUCUGCGAGACCUAAUCCGGAACACCCUGCAGGUAGACAUAACUAAGCGUUACGGCGUCAUGAAGAACAGUGUUUUGGAUUUCAAGAAUCACAAGUGGUUCAAGGGCAUCGAAUGGGACGCCAUUCUCAACUGUAAAGUAACUCCGCCUUUUGUGCCGAAAUGUAAAUCGCUUCAUGACACGAGCAAUUUCGAUAAAUAUAACGAAGAACCAGUUGUUCCAGGCUCAUACUGUCGCUUCGAAUCCGAAUUUGUCGAUUUUUGACCUUUAAGACCUCUUCUAGGUUUAUUUAUUAUAUUAAUACGCUUUAAAUGUUGGCCAUGCGUGAUUUGAAUGCGUGAUUAAAAGUAAGAACAUC